AUGUCUACAACUUCAUUAACUCCUAAAGCACCAGUAAAAUCACCUUUGAGAAGUUCUGGUUCUAAUGUUAACAUACCCAUAACUGGCUCAACGCAAACUACAAUUGUACAACCAGUUAUUAGUACAAUGGCAAUAACUUCUACCUCUCAACCAGUUACAAUCAUAAAACCAAAACCUUUAAAAUCAACUCCUUCCAUUGACACAAACUCUAUCAAAUCUCAUAAUAGUCGUGACCGGGUUUUACCAGCCAUACCUUCUCCUGACAGUGGUAGUGAAUACGAAGAAUCUGUAAAGUCUGUAAAAAGGCGUGAUUCCAUAAAUAGUUAUAAUACCAUUGCCUCACCAACUUCUACACAAAGUUUAUAUGAAAACUCUUUAAUAUCAUCCUCACCUACUUCAACAGGAAAAGUUAAAUUGCCUACUUUAGCUAUUGCAAACGAUAUACUUGCUAAUUCAGAAGCUAUGUUGACUACCAACAAUCAGAGAUUUACUUCAAUGUCUUUUCUAGAUACUACUGAUGAAAUGCUGCUGCAACUGUUAGUUUCUCAAGCUAUAAUCGAUUCAAAAGGAUUUGACCUACUAAGUUUGGAAGAAGUAGAAGAACUAAAAAAGGAUUACACUGUGUUAACAACACGCAUUGCAGCCUUAACAGCCAAACUAUCACUCGAAUCAAAAAUUCGUGAAGCUGCUAGCUCAUUAGCAAAACUUCAUGCUUCUAACAAACGAAUAUCAAGGCAAGCAACAGAUCAUUUAAUGCAAGCAAAUCGUAAAGUUGAUCAGGUAGCUGCUGAAUUAUGGAAACUCACACAAAGAGCUGGUGACAUACAAAGGAAAUUAUUACAGCAUAUGUCCGGAGUACUUAGUUUAGGAAUAACAAGGCUAGAAGGAAAGCCAACACGAUCACAAUCUAUACAAUUAGUAAAUUCAUUGUCCACUAUGCCAAAUGGAAAUGAUAGCAAUAACAUUGAUGUGUUGUAUAAUGAAUUAAUGGCAUUAAAUGAUAGUAGAUCAUCAGAUCAAGUUUCGAGUUUAGAAGCUUCAUUACAGAAUGUGCGUCAAUCGUUAUCAGAGGCAAAAAAUUUGAUAAAAAGAAAAGACAAAGAAAUCGAGGAUUUAAGGGCGAAAUUUAAUGAUGCGAUCGCUGGAGAGCACGAGGGAAUUCAAAAAAUCAAAAUAAUCGAAUUGGAAUCAAAAAUAAAACAGAUAAAAGUUUUGGAGGAUCAAGUUUCUGAAAUGAGGAAAAAAGAGAAGAGCAAUACCAAUCUAGAUUUGAAAUUAAAAAAAGUGACCCGUGAAUACGAGGAAAUGUUUGAUAGCAUACAACAAUUGUUUAAUGAUUUAAAUAAUAGCGAUAAUGGUUACAAAAAAUCAUCUAAAUUAGGAUCAGAGUUUAAUCUUAAUUUGUUUGUUUCAAUGGUAAAUGAUAAGAUUAAAGAAAAUCGUGAAUUGAUUGAGAAUGUUUCAUUGUUACAAGAAGAGGCAAAAAUUAUACAACAGCAAUUGAAGGAAGCUAAACAACAAGAAAAACUUAGGAAAGAAUUACAAGAUACGCAAAAUGAAUUGGAAGAGACUAAAGCAAAAUUAGCAGACUUGGAAGAAAAAAUUUUGAAUGAGAAAUCUAAAGUUGAAUCAACAUCAGAAAGAGAAGAGGAAUUACUAAAAGAAAUCGAAGACCUAAAUCAACAGCUUAAUAAUAGUAAAGAAAAAAUUCGUAAAUACGAAGCAACUCUGAGAAGAGAAUCUGUUUUACAAUUUGUUAAUGAAGGUACUUCUGCCAAAGAAGAAUUCCAACAACAAUUAGAGUCUCAAGAACAAGAAUACGAGGGACAACUUAAAGAACGUGAUGCUGUCAUAACAAAAUUACGCAAAGACUUUAAAACCGUUUCUACAGAAAAAGAUAAUUUGUUGCAAACUGUUAAUGAAUUAAAUCUCAUGUUGAAAUCUAAAUCAAGAACUUUAGAUCAACGAGAAGUCACUAUUAAUAACUUGGAGAGUGAAAUUGUUAAACUUAAAUCGGAUCUAGAAGCAAGGAUAGAAUUAUCAAAAGCUAAUAAAUACAAUAAUAGGUCAGGUGAUACAAGUGAGAAUGAUGCCAAACAACUUAAAAUACAGCUUGACGCAGCACACGAAGAAUUAAAAAAUUUAAGAGCGGCAAAAGAAGAUUUAGAAGCACAAUUAAAAAGUGCAAAUGCUAAUUUGGAACUUGCCCAAGAAGAAUUCUCAUCACGCGAGGACGCAUUAGAAAAAAGUAAUGCAGGUAUACAAAAUGAGUUAGAUGGGUUACUAAAAGAAUUUGAUAGGUUAACAAGAAAUUUCAUGGAUUUUGAUACAGAAAGGCAAAAACUUGAAAAACAGAUUGAUACUUUACAACGCAAGUGCGAACAGUUGGAAAAUGAAUUGGCUGAUGAACGUAUAAAGCAUAUUGGAUUGGAUUCUAAUAAUAAUGAACCUACUACCACUACUGCAUUAAGAAAAGAAUUUAGAAAAAUGAUGGCAGAUUUAAGGAGCGAACAACAAAAACAAAUAUCUAAAGAACAAGAAGAACGAAAGAAAUCAGAAGAUAUGAUUAGAAAUCUUAAACGUGAGAAAGAAGCUGAAAAAUGGGAGAGGGUUAAUCAAGGAACUCAAACAAAAUUUGUUGUUGAAAUGAUUAGUGGAUAG